GAUUGAAGAAAGCUUCCAGACUUGAAGAAAAACUUGCUGAGUGAAGACAAACAAUAGAAUAUAAAUUAAUUUUAAUUUCUUUAAAUAAUGAAAGACAUAAAAUAUCAGGCAGCCCCACUUUGGUUAACCACGGAGUACCUCGAGCCUAUUUUACGAAAGUAUAAAAAGGAUGAAGGACUUUCGAUCACAAAAUUGGACAUAAAACCAGCCACAAAAAGGGGUGACAACUAUGCCAGUGUGAUGACACGAAUCAGCGUCGAUUUCACGUUAAGCACUAAGGAAACCGAACAUGGUUUAUAUAUCGUGAAGACCUCACAUGAAAGUGAUCCCUUCACAGCAGGUAUCAUGAGUCAAUAUGAUGUCUAUAAUACGGAAAUGUUAAUGUACGAAAAAGUUUUACCAAAACUGACUGAGUUGCUAAAGGAAAUCGGUGACACAGAUAAACUAUUUGCCGACACCAUUCAUGUGGACUACAAGCAUUCAGCUAUAAUUUUUGAAGACCUUGCAGUGUUAAAAUUUGUUACUCCCGAUCGUUUAGUUGGGAUGGAUGAAGCGCAGACCAUGUUGACACUUAAAAAACUAGGCAAAAUGCAUGCCACCGCAGCCGUAUUAAAUGAGCGUGAGCCUGGCUUUCUAACUAAAUUGCAAAGGGGGAUAUUUAAUCGUCAAACAAGUGGGUUUGCACCGUUUUUCGAGGGCGUUAUAGAAGCUUGUGCGGAUUUUGCUGGAGAGUGCGCGAGUUUGGGAUCUUAUUACAAGAACAAAUUGCUUAAGUUAAAGUCACAUGUGAUGGAAUAUGGAACGCGUUCAUUUGAUCCCUGUCAGGAUGACUUUUUAACACUUAAUCAUGGUGACAUUUGGACCAAUAAUGUAAUGUUAAGAUAUGAAUAUUGUGACGGUAUUGAUGAACGAUCAGCAACUGGAAGGAUAAUUAAAGAUAUCCUGCUGAUCGAUUUUCAGUUCAGUGCAUGGACGUCGCCGGCGCUCGACCUUCACUAUUUCUUUCAAACUUCAUUGCCUUUAGAAUUUAAACUGCACCGAGAAGCUGAACUUGUCAAGUAUUAUCAUGGCUUUUUGUCUGAAACUUUGCGUCUACUCCAUUAUAAAGGACACAUUCCUAGUUUACAUGAAUUUACUGUGCAAGUGGAGUCUCACCGAUUUUACGCGGUUGCUACGUCGCUGGUAUGUCAGGCUCUCCUUAUUAAUGACAAAACUGAUGAAGCCGAUUUCAACAUUGUGAUGGGAACUGGGGAGCGUUCGGAUGCAUUUCGUAGGCUUUUAUACACAAAUAAGAGAAUACAAGAUAACGCUAUAGCAUUUCUGCCUUACUUCGAUCGCAAAGGACUACUUGAUGUGACUAAAUAAAAUAAAAUAGUAAAAGUGUUUAGAUUUUAUAUAUGUAUGUAUGUAUAUGGAAAUUUACGCAAUUUUAUCAAUAUGUGAAUAAAAGAAAUAUUCCUAUAUAAAUGCAA